AAAAAAAAUUACAAUGUUAACAUCAGGAGUAGAAUCACAGAAUGUGGGAAAGUAAGGCCCAAGAAGGGGGCCGAGUCCCAGCCCAGGCGUGAGGAAGCUGCCCGGACAUGCAGCGAACAAGGAGCAGGAUUCAGUUCCCCCACUAGGCUGCCUCCAGUCGGCCUGCCGUAUGACACCCCCUCCAUGUGGCAGGUCUCCUGACACCAUGGGCACACGAUUCCUCCUGGCUCUGUUUCUUGUCCUCCUGGUACUGGGAUUCGAGGUCCAGGGGGCCCAUCUGCCCCAGCAAGAAGAGCCGGCCAGCCCUGCCCUGCUUACCCAGGUGCAAGAAUCACUCUCCAGUUACUGGGACUCAGCAAAGGCAGCUGCCUCCAACCUGUACCAGAAGACAUACCUGCCCACCAUAGACGAGAAACUCAGGGACAUGUACAGCAAAAGCACAGCAGCCAUGAGCACUUAUGCGGACAUUCUCACUGACCAGGUUCUUUCUAUGCUGAGGGGAGAGGAGUGACGGCCAUAUCCCCAAUCUGUGGGUAAGGGGAGAGUCCCCCCCUCUCCUGGCCCCCCAGUUUCAGACUGAGCUCCCCCUUCCCAGUAGCUCUUGCAUCAUGCUCCCAUCUCUAGCCCGAAUUCUUCUCAAUAAAAAAACAAUUCAAGUUCCUUUUCAUGGAUGUCACUGCUUUUCUGAGGACUCAGGGGCCAGGAUGGAGGGGCUGACUCAGUCUAGCCAGCAUUUAAUGAGCACCUACUGUAUGUAUGGAGCCCUAACCUGGUCCAUGGGAAUAAAGGAGUCAAUAGUAACAAUAAAUAAUCAUAACAGCAA